AUGGACGGCCCGAAGACUCCCUUUGUCAGGGAACUCGGUUCCAGCGAUCGGAAAGUCCGUGACAAGGCGCUUGACUCUCUAACCCAGUUCGUGCGCUCGCGCAACGAUCUGACUCUCGUGGACUUCCUCAAGCUCUGGAAGGGUCUCUUCUACUGCUUCUAUCACUCCGACCGACCCCUCACACAACAAGCCCUCGCCCGCGCCCUCUCCUACUCACUCGUCCCCUCUCUCCCUCGCGCAACUCUCCACCGCUUCCUGCGCGCCUUCUGGAUUACCAUUGGCCGGGAUUACCACGCACUUGACCGCCUACGCCUCGACAAGUACCUUAUGCUCAUUCGUUUCUACGUCGGUGUGGCAUUCGAGGUCUUCGUGAAGAACUCCGCGGCGAAGAGCGCAGAUGGAAAGAAGCGCAAGCGCGCGGAUGCCGCUAAGAAGGGUGGCAAGAAGCAGAAGAAGCAGGCUGAGGCUGAGGUCGCAGAAGAGGAAAAUGACGAUACCGAGGAUGUCGAAGCUAAAUACCCCGACCUCGCGGCUUAUAUCUCGAUCAUCGAGGAAGGACCUUUGUGUCCGCUGAACUACGACCAGGAUCAGGAUAUGGAAGAGGGCGAUCCUAAUUACGCCCCUAUGCCGCAUGGACCUGAUGGCCUGCGCUACCAUCUUAUUGACAUCUGGGUCGAUGAGUUGGAGAAGGUUCUUGAGUUUGACGAGGAGGCUGGCGAAGAUGAGGAGACCCCGAAGCGCACAAUCAAGGGCGAUGUGCCCGUCGAGCUUAUCCUUCGGCCACUUGAGAAGUUGCGUACUGAGAGUCGCUACAAGCCUGUGCGCACGAGGGCCGCUGAGGCUCUCCAGGAUGACCGCUUGUAUGAGUGGGGCGUUCGGACGAGACCUGUUGAGGAAGAGGAUAGCGAGGAGGAAUGGGGUGGAUUUGAGUAA